AAGAGCAACGGACUGCUCGGAAAAUAUAACUUGUCGUGGUUUGACAUUGUGGAUCUUCAGUUUGGCAAACACCUAGUGCCUGUUGAAUUAGCAAUCAAAAUGGAUGCUCCACGAACGAUGUGCAUAGGAAAUUCUAGCUAUGGAGAUGUCUACAAGCAUGGUUUCUUCAUCAAAUCCCCACCUCCUCAUCUUUUCUCCAAUCAGAACUCCUGGAAAAGGAGGCACUUUAUCCUUUCCAAGUCUGGCAAGAAUGACUAUGUCCUGAGGUAUCUUAAAGGUGCCCAGUUAAAGGGUUACAUUGAAAUCAAUGAGACUUCAGAAAUAGAGAUUGGCAUAGGUGACCCUGAGAAAAUGACAGUUGUGAAGAAGAUGUUUAAAUGCAAGCCUGCAGAAGUGAUGACCAUCAGAACAGAAAAUAGGGUUUUCUAUCUUAUUGGAUCAGACAGCAAGGACGUUGAGGACUGGGCCACCUUCCUGUUUUCAACCAGCAGAGAAACAAAGAAACCAGAAAUGAGAAGUCGGUCAAAAUCUUCACCAGCUUGUCUUGAUGAAGUAGCUGCUGACAUCAUCAAGAAGGAACCGUGUCCUGACAAUGAAUAUGAGGAUAUAGGAACAUCCAUCUCCAAGAAGAGGCCCUAUUCAGAGCCUAUUACUCAAGAAUCCUCCCAAGAAGCCCCUGUUUAUGAGUCACUGACAGUACUGCAACUACGACACCUGACAAAUCAUCAAGAGUCAGAGGAAAAAUCCAAAAUGGAGGACUACUAUGCUUGUCCAACAAAUAUUCUAGCUACGCUGAAUGAUAUGCAGGAUAAAUUCAGCACCACAGACGAGACUACUAACCCAGAUAAGGAAAAGGUUGGUGAACCUGAAGAAUAUAUGCCCAUGGGAUGCCUAGUUUCAGGGGUAGCGGAGGUAAAAAUUGAACCUACAAACAAUGAAUUGACGACCCUUCCUGAAGGCCAGGAAGAUAGCACGAAUCUGCAGGUGAUAGAGGACAAGCCUUUGAAACCAACACCACUACCAAGGACCUGGAAACCAGAAAAAACACCGAAGCUAUCAGUUCUGUCUGUGGUUCAGUUGUCCAUUAUUCUCAGUAAAGUCAGAGAUGACUGCAAAUUGGAAGAGGUGGAUAUUCUCCUUCCCCGGAGUGAUUUCACCAACUGCGUGACACUUGUCAAAGCCGCUGGGCGUAUAUGUGUCUCCCAGUGGAAAGACCUGCAUCGCUUGGGAUGCAUAUUUCAUCAAGGGGAUUAUAUAGUGGCUGUGAAUGACCUGCAUGCAAAGAGCAUAGAUGAAAUGUCUUUGUUCAUAACUCGAUCCACAAGAAAGGAGGUGAAACUGACUGUAUGUCGACUUCCAGAUUCAAAAAUUUUACAUGCUCAAGGCUGCAAAUGUUCCUAAUGGAGAAAAAUACUCUUCAUUGGCCAAGAUCUUAGGUCAAAUACAAAUGAAGACUUGAAAACAGUGCCCCCCCCC